GCAGGGGAAGGCAGGGCAGCCAUGCUUCCGUCCUUCGGUUACGUGACUGACCACAUCGGCUUCUGUGGUACGAUCAAAAACUCGCCCAGCGAUUUCAUAGUGACAGAAAUCGAGGUGCCCCAACACUUACUGAGGGAUACUGGGGCUGAAUCGCUUCAGAAAGCCGCCGAAGCGCCGCUAGAGCAAAGUACCCCAGACCCGCAGCAGCCCAAUGAGCUGAGCGCGGAGUCCCCCGGCCUGUGUGCCGAGGGCUGUCCCGGUGCCGUGCCCAGUCCUUCGGAGCAGGACACAAGCAGGGUAGGAGGCGACUGUUCAGCAUCCCCUAACAAAAAGCAGCGCGAGGGUGAACCUGAAUUGAAAACGGACCUUGGGGAAGGCCAUAUACUGGAUUCCUUACUAGGGAAACCCAUGUGUGAGCGGCUUCAUCAGUUUGUCUGUGGUCUGAAGGACACAUGGGACCGGGACAGGGAUGCCGGCGGUGGCGCUGGAGAGUUUUCGCUGGGACCUGUACUGGACAAGAAAAGUCGAGCUAGCCUACACAGUGCUGUCAGGCAGAAAUUCCCCUUUCUGGUCACUGUUACGAAAGGCAAUGAAAUGAUUGUGAAAGGGAAUGGAGAGUACAGAGAACUUUGUCAGCUCGUGACUGAAAAGGAAACGAGUGAUUUCUUUAAGUUUUUAGAUGCAAAGCUAGAAAAUUCUACAUUUUCUUUUGAGCCUGAUGCGGACAAAGAGCACAGAAAAGUAGUUCACCACUUUAUCAAUAGAAAGUUUGGAAAGCUUUUAGAAACAAAGUCUUUUACUGUGUCAGAUGUCAAUGAUCAGCCAAAUAUGUCAAUUAUGGUGCGUUUUCGAGAAAAAAGUUGGUCCAGAAAAAGGUCUGCUGGUGGCUUCAAGGAAAAACAAGAUCUUUAUACAGCGUUCACCCUUCAGAAAGAAAACCUUGAAACACUGGAAGCAAUCAGCUUCUUGGCUGCUGAACUUGGUGUUCUUCCUUCAGACUUCAGUUAUACUGGCAUCAAAGAUAAGAAGGCGAUUACUUACCAACCUAUGGUUGUGAAGAAGGUGACCCCUGAGAGGUUGAAAGAAAUUGGAAGCAAAAUGGAAAAAAAGGGUAUCAGAAUACACAAUGUACAUUCAGCAUGCCAGCACCUGAGACUUGGUCAGCUGAAGGGCAAUCACUUUGAUGUAGUUGUGAGAGAUCUUAAACACCACUGUCAUGACUCUUCGGCAGAUUUGAAAAUGAGAAUAUCUGAAGCAAUGGAAAAUGUUGAGACAAAAGGUUUUGUAAAUUACUACGGACCUCAGCGAUUUGGACAAGGACAAAAUGUUCAGACAGAUCAAAUAGGAUUGGCUUUACUGAAUGAAAAAAUGGUGAAAGCUGUGAAGUUAUUCUUUACACCUGAAGAUACUGAUGACCCUGUAAACAAUGCAAAAAGAUACUUUCUUCGAACUGAAGAUGCAAAGGGUGCGCUUGUGAUGCUGCCAGAAUUUAAAGUGAGAGAGAAGAUGUUGCUACGAGCUUUACAUCGCUAUGGUGUAAAUCAUGAAGGUUGUACCAAAGGAUGGCUCAACAUUCCUCAUUCCAUGCGCAUAUUCUAUGUCCAUGCUUAUUGCAGUAAAAUUUGGAAUGAAGCAGCAUCAUAUAGGCUGAAGAUUUAUGGUUCAAAAGUUGUUGAGGGUGAUCUUGUUUUCUCAGAAGAUGAAAGCAUUUCCCUGAAUGACAAGGUUCAUGUAGUCACUGCUGCAGAAGAAUCGGCCAACAAAUACUCUAUAAACCAAGUGGUUCUUCCAGUGGUGGGACAUAGUAUCAAGUAUCCCAGUAAUAAAGUUGGGCAAUGGUACCACGAAAGGCUUUCUAAGGAUGAGCUGCAGAUGUGCAAAUUCAGAGUGUCUCCACUACAGCUGAAUAUACCUGGAUGCUACAGACCCAUUUUGAAAAAAGUUCAGAAUUUGUCAUAUUAUUUUGAAGUCAAUGAAAAAGGAAUCAAAAUUGAAGACAACCAUCUGAAUGAAUCAAAAGUCUCUCUUCAUAUAUCAUUUGACCUUGAUCCUUCAUGUUACGCAACAGUUUGUUUAAGAGAAAUAAUGAAAUGUGACUUUUAAGAUUGCAGUUAAUGAAAGACUGUAGGAAUAUAAUACAAUGGUGAUAUGUUAUGUAUAAUGCCAGGAAACUAAGAGAGAAUAACAGGUUCAAG